AUGGCGGUCUCAAACAACCUUGACACCAGCCAAAUUCGCGACUGGAGAUCUAUCAUCACAUUGAUAGUGUUUGUUAUCACAAACCUCAUUGUGCUCUUUCCAUUCCACAUUCCGCUAUUCGUACCACUCGCUGCACACAAUGGCUUCCUGGACCUGGCAGCAGUACUCAGGAUCAUUGCACCGAGGGCCAAGAGGACAGUCUCGAGCUCGGAGGAUUCCGCUAAUGGAAGUACCAUACGCCUGUCUGGCCUGUCGUGGAGGAAGUACAACUUUCCGAUGGACUUUGUUACUGCGCCUUUGAUCGCCGACCUCUUCUUGCUCGCAAUUCUGGCUAUUGGUCGGCAGGAGGUCCACGAUGGCACAGUCGGGGCGAAUAAUAUCUCUCCCAUCGACAUCAUGGUGUUCUUUCUCACUCUUGCUUACAUCGCAAUCUCCAUUGAUGCUUCGGGCUUGAUCAGGUACCUGGCGUUUGUCGUUCUGAAGAGAGCCGGUAAGAACGGACAUUUGCUCUAUUUCUACCUAUACACCUUCUUCUUCUGCCUAACAGCCUUUGUCGGCAACGAUCCGGUCGUCCUAUCUGGGACAGCUUUCCUGGCUUACAUGACUCGAGUUUCCAGCAACAUACAGCAUCCACGAGCCUGGAUCUAUGCUCAAUUCUCGGUGGCGAACAUUGGCUCGGCAAUUCUGGUCUCGUCUAAUCCUACCAACCUUGUACUAUCUGGAGCUUUCGAGAUCAAGUUCAUCCACUAUACGGCGAACGUAAUCGUCCCGGUGGCGGUCACUGCCAUUGUGCUUUUCCCCUUCUUGCUAUACGUGGUAUUCCCAUACGAAUCGCUCAUACCACAUUCCAUCAAGCUGCACGAGCUUCCGGAGGAGGUCAGAGGCAGAGAUCCCGUCAAUCCAAAUAUUCCGAAUGCGCGCGGCGAUGCUGAUUCCGAUGAGCAUGUCGAUGAUGAGCAGGCUCGAAUAUCUUCACUCGAGGAGAUCAUGAAUCCAUUCCUUGACAAAGGUGGGGCAUGGUUUGGAGCAGUCAUUAUGGCGGCGACUCUUGUUACUAUCUUGGCGCUCAACGCAUCGAGUGCCAACGGGAGUGAACAUCCAGUGUUUUGGAUCACUCUACCGGCGGCGUUCAUCAUGUUCUGCUGGGACAUGACAUUCGGUUGGCUCAAUCGCAAAGAGACACGGCUGAUAGCGAGGAAUGGUAGAGCCGAGAUCGCCCGGGCUCGUGCGCAGCGAGCCGAAGAAGCACGUCGGCAUGCCGACACUGACGAGAAGCGACUUGAAACGAACCUUCCGGAGGCCGAAUCAGCUACGGGGCCCGACUCGAGCCACCAACAUCUUGAUGGCAGUAAAGAGUUACUUGACGUUCCAGUAGGCGCACGUUCAUCACCACAAUCAUCGACGACGCCAGUCGAUGUCGACUUCGCCGAGAAGGAUCACCCUUCCACACAAGGACCUAGGACGUUGAGUUCGCUGCUGGCGGAGGGGUAUCAGUGGGCCCAAGAGACGUUCCCAACCGUGAUGACCGUGAUGUCGCACCUGCCAUUCAAACUGGUGCCAUUUGCCCUAUGCAUGUUCGUGCUAGUACAGGCGCUUGUCACGAAGGGCUGGGUCGCAGUAUUCGCUCACGGCUGGGACCAUUGGGUCAACAAGACUGGCACUGUGGGGGCUGUAGGCGGCAUGGCUUUCCUCGCCGUGAUCCUCUGCAACUUUGCAGGAACGAACAUCGGCACGACUAUCUUGCUCUGUCGAGUCGUACAAGCCUGGAUCGACAUUCAUCGCAACAACGGCACAGCUAUCAGUCAGCGCACUUUCUGGGCUACGGUGUAUAGCAUGGCUAUCGGCGUCAAUUACGGCGCAUUCAGUACUGCUUUUAGUGCUUCCUUGGCCGGCAUGCUCUGGCGCGAUAUCCUCUCCCGAAAGCACAUCUACGUGCGAAGUCUCGACUUUGCACGCAUCAACUUACCGAUCAUUGCUAUUACGAUGGUCGUCGGAUCUGCUGUGCUGAUUGGGGAGGUUUACAUCACACGCAACACCGAACCUUACGACCUUGGGUGA